CUCGCGCAAUGUAGUCCCUCGGUUAUCCUUGACGCGGGAGCAUCGUCGUUUCGAAAGGGCUACCACAAGGGCCACCUUCCUGGUUACUUCUUCCUCUGUCGUUUUCUAAUUAUUAUUAUUAUUAUUAUUGUUGUUGUUGUUAUUAUUAUUAAUAGUAGUAGUAUUAUCAUUAAAAAUUUGUCGUAAAAUUUUUAUCCCUCUCGCAUUAUCUCUUCGACAAAAUUUCGAAUUAUUUUUAAUUAAUCAACAAAAGAACAAAAAAAUUUACAGUUUACGUCUCUCCGGUGUGUGUUGAAAAUUAAACGAUUUUAUUCCGAUGAGAUAACAAAUCGAAAUAAAUAUAUUUUCUUUGAUGAACAUGGAUACAGACGGUAUGGGUCGUUGGACUUUGCUCGAUUUAAAGGUUUCAUAAUUGGUGUUGACAAGAGAACAUAUAUUAUAUUUGAAUAUUAUAUAUCAAGUGUUAUUUGUGAUUUGUGGUAAAGAAACAAUUGAAACGAUGGUGUUUGCUCGAUAAAGAACGAAAAAAAAAAAAAAGAAACAAGAAUAAAGAAAGCUUCGUGAAGAUCGAGAUUAUUACGGUGAGAAUGAUUGAUAAUCUUACGAAUGUAUGAAUAAUCUCGUAAAAAAACGAAACAAAACAAAAAAGGAAAGAUAGUCAUAAACGUGUGUUUAACACGUACGUGUUUUUGGUGUUUGUUUGUUUGUUUGUUUGUUUGACGAGUGCGGAAAAAUAAAGUGUUAUUAUGCAUAAAAAGUAGAAAUAGGUGUUUGUCCAGGAGUAACAACUGGAUAUCAACGUGAAGGAUCUAAAAAGUGAGAACACGUCUGUGUGUUGGGGGAUUUUGAUAACUUUGUCUCUAUAAGUUCGCUAGUGAAUUCUUGAUAAGGACACUUAGGGAGAAAAGCUAUUUUUCCUUGCUUUUUAUUUCGUGGAAUAACGUCAACGUGACUCUAACUUUCAGAUACUUUUAAAUCUUAAAGAAGAAGAAUAAAGAAGAAACACAAGAAUAUAAAAAAAAAAAGAAAAAUACGGAAGAAUAAAAAAGUAAAAAAAAAUAGAAGAAGAAGAAGAAGAAGAAGAAAAAGAAGAAGACGAAGAAGUUUCAUUAUUCUUGAAAGAGCAUACGAGAAGAGAGGAUUUCUUACUUGCCAAGUUGGCCGACCUACUCGUUGAUUCUAAUUUCGAAUUCUAUUGGGAAAGAUUGAACCAGACUUUCCCUACGGAGAAAUAUUUCUUCCUCUUCUCUCUCUCUCUCUCUCUCUCUCUCUUUAUCUCUUUAUAUCUUUCUAUCUAUCUAUCUCUCUCUAUCACUCUAUCUCUCAAAGAAUAUCGCGUGGAUUUUCAUUAGAACUAAUGGGAUGUCAUUUAUCUAACUAUUUGAUAAAUUCUAUAUAAUCAAUUUGGAUUAAAAUCCAUGACCAAUUGAUCUAAUUUCUAGUAUUGGAACUUAACUAUUUGAUACAAUCCUAUUAUCGGUCAUUAGUAUUAUCUGUAGUUAUCGUCAUAAUAAUAAUUAGGAUCAAUCGUACUUAAUCGUAAAUCCAGCAAACGCAAUACUGAUUAAAUCCACGAAGAUUGUUUACUAUAGAAGCCUAGCCAAUUAAUUCGAAAUCUAACUACGUCGACUACGACUACGACUACGACGACGACGACGACGACGACGACUACGACGACAAAGGUUGCAUCUUGUGAGCAUGGCAUAGAAUAUGCGAUGAUCGAUGAGCCGUCUAACGGUUGAACGAUAAUCGCUUUAACAACGACAACGCUUGGCCGAUGUCUCCUCCUCUUUCCACGUUAACUAUCCCCCUCUUCCUCUUCCACCACCUCGUCCUCAUCCUGUCUCCCUCUAACCUAACUCCUUUUUGACAUAAUCGUUCCUGUCGUAUUAUUAUCAUAACGUAACGUGAAUAUAAAAAAAAAAAAAAGAAUAUAUAUAAAAAAAAAUAGAGAGAAAGUGAUAGAAAGAACAGAAAUAUUCCAAGAAUCGUGUUCUUCUCACAAAAUGGCAACUUUAAUUCGAAGAGAAAGAAAGAAAGGAAGAAAGUUAUCAAAGUUACCAAAUUACAUCCUACGAUUAUCCUAAUUUCUUGAACAUUAGUCAAACGUGAUUUGCAAAUAAAAUACGCGCGCGUGUCCUGUUGAUUAAACUUACCGAACAAUUUGCGUAUUUGUAAUUUUUCGAUGGUCUCACUAUAAUCGCGAACGAUUUAAUACAUUUUUGAUAGUACAUAUUAUUGAUAAAAAAAAAAAAACAAAAAAAAGAAUUUUCAUUUCUUCGUGUUACGAUAUACCUCGCGUCGUAUUAGUCAAAGUUAAUAUAUAUAUAUAUAUGUGUGUGUGUGUGUGUGUAGUUAGUUAUAUAUGUGUAUAUGUGAACCCAUUCAUUUAACUUUGAAUUGAACGAGCCGUAGGGAUGUGUUAAUGACAAACAUCCUUGUUACGAAAGGGUCAACGAAUAGGAAAUAAUCGAUAAUUCCUAUAUUCAUCGCAAAUCGUUCAAGUUGUUUCUAAAAUAGGAAGAAAGAAGGAAAAAAGCAGCGCUCUAAUGGUUUUUAUAUAAAACAUUGAAGAAAAUGUGUAAGUUCGACGAUUCGAGGAGUUAAUUUGAAGUGAUAGCGAGUUACCUUCGCUUGUGGAACAAUUAUACGACGUGGAAUAAUAAUAUCUUGGAAAUGAGCCUAAGAUAGUAUAUAUAUAUACAUAUAUGCAUAUGUUAUAUACGUACCUAUAUUAUACACGAGAUGUCCGAUAUGUGAAAAAGCCUCGGCCUUGAGGAAAAGAGAUGUCUACUUCUCUUCGCAUAUUCGUCACUCUUAUCAUUUCUUUUGGCGCCAUGGUAUCCUCUUUGCGAAACUUUCGAACCGAUUUCUUGGAGGAAUGGCCAACGCCAGGUACCGUGCCCAUUUUCGACGCUUCCAUGCAAUCGAAUUUCACCGGGUUGGUGGGCAAAACCGUGGCACUCGUCUGCAAAGUCAAAAACUUGGGAAACCGUACGGUGUCAUGGGUUAGACAUCGAGACGUACACUUAUUAACAGUCGGUCGUUACACUUAUACGAGCGAUCAACGAUUCGAAGCUCAACACUAUCCACAUACCGAAGAUUGGACUUUAAAAAUACGAUAUCCACAACGUAAAGAUACCGGGAUUUACGAGUGCCAAAUCUCAACGACACCACCUGUAGGACGCACUGUACAUCUGACGAUAGUCGAACCAGUUACUAUCAUAGUCGGUCAGCCAGACCUUUUCGUUAACAAAGGAAGUACGAUCAAUUUAACGUGCAUCGUAAGAUAUGCACCGGAACCACCCCCGAUGAUGGUCUGGAGCCACAAUACCGAAAGGAGCAUCCAGCCGCGAUGCAUCACGGUGACGGGAGUUCUUCCUACGCUACGACAAAACCAACUUGUUUUAUAAUUUUAAUAAUGGCCAACGUGAUGUUUAUAUGAAUAGCAACUACCACGAACAUAAUGGAAGAAAAGGAAAACACGAGUAGAAGAUGCAACAAGAAGAAAAAAAAAAAA